AUGGAUUCAGAGGAUGAACUCUCUGUUUCUGCUGAGCCAGGACUGACUCAUGACAUUCUUGUAUCCCACACGUCGGUCCGCCCAAAAGCCUGCAAUCAGGGGACUGGGAUGUACAAGGGAGGCGGUUUGGGGUCGCCUCUGACAAAAAAGCCGUCUUGGUCCACUCUAAGAGGACAAACUUUCUCCCGCAAAGCCAUGGGACUAGAGGCUUGUAACCUGCCCAUGGGUUUUAAAAAUUACGCAUGUCACAGUAGUAGAAAAAAGUCUCCUGAUUCCGGAGGAAUGUAUGGUACGGUAGCGUCAGGAAAGACAGGGUUGCUGGAGUCAUAUAGGUUAGCGAAUCGGAAAAGGAUCAGGAUGAAGAUCUGUACUUACAACGCAUGUACGCUUGCAUCGGAACCCUCCUUCCUAUGCUGGACGUGGGAGUCACCCGUGGAGGGUAAUGAAAUCGACCACAUCGUCGCCAGUAAAAGGUUUUGCCUGACGGAUGUUGCUGUUGUGCCAGAGUUCUGUACGGGAUCGGAUCAUCGCCUCCUACGAGGAAAAUUUUCGUUUGUCCGCAGAGAACAGAGUGCCGCGAAGUCCCAGAACUAUCAUUAG